CCCUGGGAGCGGGGGCGGGAUCUGGAUGAGAUCAUCUCCGCCUACGAGGCGGUCUGUUUCCAGGUGAGAGGGCAGGACGGAAUGGCGGCGGCAAAAGAUCAGGGUAAUGAAGGUGAUCAGUUUGAAGUGUUGGAUUUGGCUGAAUAUGCCAAACGACAAAGAUGGUGGAACCGAUUCUUUGGAAGAAACUCUGGACCUAUUGCUGAAAAAUAUACAGUAGCAACACAGUUGAUGAUUGGAGGAGCCAGUGGAUGGUGUGCAGGCUUCCUCUUUCAGAAAGUUGGAAAAUUAGCUGCAACUGCAGUUGGUGGAGGCUUCUUCUUGCUACAGGUUGCCAAUCACACAGGAUACAUCACUGUUGACUGGAAACGAGUAGAGAGAGAUGUGAACAAGGCAAAGAAACAGUUGAAAAUUGGAAAAAAUAAGGUUACUUCGGAAGUACACGGUGCAUUUGAUGAGGUGACCGUGUUUGUGAAAAAGAAUAUUGUCCUCACGGGUGGUUUUGUUGGUGGCUUCCUAAUUGGACUUGCAUCAUGAAGAUUAUUUGAAGAUGAUAUUUUGACUGAAGAACUAUACUCCAUAUUUACUUCCAUCCCUACCCUCAAAAGCAUUUAUAGAUUGUGUGCAUUGUGUAGGGAAUGAGUGCCCUGCAGAUCAGUGCUGAGCAAGUGGCUUCAAUAUAUUGUACUGAAGGAAAUUUGGCAUUACUGAAUUCCUGGUUUUGUGAUGCUUAACGAUUUAAAUCGCCAACAUUUGUUUGUCUUUAUUUGGAACUAUAAUCAAAAUGCAUGGUUGCACUCAUUGAGGAAUUAGACAUACAUUUUAACCUGACUUGCAUUCACAAUAUGAUCACGCAUUCAAGAUGCGGAAUAAAGAAAUCUUGUUUUAUGUUGUUUAGAAAUUGAACUUUUAAUCCCGUGUAAAUUCUGAACUAAAAAUUACCUGUUUUUGCAUGUUUGUUAAACUACAUGGCACUAAUAAUAUGUUGUUAAAAAUAGCUGUUUAUGAAGAUUACACACUCCCUAUGCUGACACUUUAUGAGGAAUGGAAGUUAAUUCGUUAGCGCAGCUGGCAGCAUGAUAUGGAUGUAUUGACAAAUUCAAUACAAUGUUGUGUUUAAAAGGCCAAAUGCCUGGGAUUGUUGAAAAGUAAAAAUGCAGUCUUAGAAGCUAAGUUGAAUUUUUAAGCUCUCAUUUUCUUCACUUGCUUUGUCCUUUGAAUAUCAUUGCUGUGUUCUAAUUUUUUGAUGUCACUCCCAGGUAUCUUUUCUGACAUUAAUUGUUUCAAAUCAUGUGCUGCUGAGCAAAACCUGCUUUAUUAUAUGCAUUUUAAGACCUGGCUGUUUAUCGAUCCAUUGCUGCAGUGCAGCUUGGAAUUAGAACUUGCUAUGCCUCAGCAUUUAGAAAGUAAGAAUAAUUUAUAGAUGUCAAGUACCCCAUUUCAUGGUAAAAGGUACUGUGGCAAUCUAUAUCAUAUUAACAUUAGAAACUGUUCAUCUGUGUCAUGUCACUGCUUUGUGAUGCUUGCCUUUAACUACCGUUGUACCAUCGAGUCAGGUCCAAGGUUUGUGUCUAACUCCGGGGACUUCAUUGCAACCCUUGUGUGAUUGCUGAAUUGAUGAAGCUGUUGUCUUUCCACUGUAAGUUGCAGUGAGGCUCUAUCUGUUCUCGGGUGGACAUGAAAGACCCCAAUGGUGCUUUCUGCAUAUGAAUUUAUCUCACUGAGUGGAGUCGUGUUGUGUGUAAACUUUUCUGAAUCAGUUUGAGCAUACAAAUUACUUAAUUGGCUAUGGAGGUAUUUGAUACAUUGGAACAUUUUACUGCAACUGUCAACUUGAACAUUAAAGUGAACGAACUGUAUUGGCAGCCCACAUUAACGAGUUUUCCAUAUGAAAACGGAAGAUAGGGCAGGAGUGUGCAUUUAUGGUGCAGAUUCUAAAAACCUCUACAUCUUUAAUACAUUUAUACUAAUAAUUGGAUGAAUUGCUGAUUUUUUUUAAUUUAUAGCCCUCCACAUAGUUUUGCCUAUACAAUUCAGAAUUGAUAUUAAACAGAAUUCCACUAUGACCUAACGUCAUCUGAGUUAUUGUAUCUUAUUUUCCAGUAUUUAAUUUCACAUUUACUAAUUUGCGUGGUCACUUCCAGUCGAACAGCCUGGUGGAUUUUCUGCUCCCAAUUUAUUAAAUAUUGCCACCCUAAAAUUCCUUUCCAGAUUUGAUAUGAAGUGCAAGCUGUCAAAACGCAAGUCAGAUUGUUUGCAUCAGCAGUAUAUAGCCUGUUCAAGAAUUGUUUAUAUCCUUUAAGUAAACAUUUGAACCGAUUGAACAUCAAAAUGCGCACAAUCCUCUGCCCCAAGAUUUCAACACUUUAGCUAAAAGUCUUAUCCUGCCUUUACCAGCAAUGAUUUUAUCAUCCAGAUAAUUUGUAAUACGGAGUCAAUUUCUUUAAAGUUUUUGCACCAAUCUCAAUUUUAUCCGUUCCGGGUUCUUUCAAAAACUAAAGAUUGAUAGUACACAACUGUACCUAUAUGUCACAAAUAUAUAGAAAUAGUCCUAGUUUUUGAAACGCUGCUUCUUGAAAGGACAUGCCUUCCAAAUUAAGUGUUAUUGUAUUUGAUUUUCAAUUUGCAAUGGGAUUGUGGACAAUUACUGCUGCAGUCUGUUUAAUUACAAAAAUGUACAUUUAUCAAACUGCAUUUGCUCAUAUUUCCAGCCAAGUCAGUCCAUACACAGGCAUUUUUCUUGAUUGAAAAUAUCAACACUUUUGAGACUAUUGAUUGAUUUGUCUCUGAAUUAGAAAUGAAGCUGGAGGGCAUUUUUAAAAUAUUGUCCCAGUCUAGUCCAUUAAUGAGUGUCAAGGUGACAUGCAAUCUAACUUUUCUGUUUGUCAAAUUUUCCUGCUGCAGGUGUUUGCUUGACUCGGUAUCUUGCCACAUUGUGCCUCUUGGUCAUUUUAAAUUAUGAUUGUACUUUUGGUAACAGUAUUAUUUCUUGAAAGUGUGCAAUGUUAAUGUGGUGUUAAGAAAGCGCAUCAUAAAGGAGUUUUAUGAAGUGU